UUAAAGGUAAAUUUCUGAGUUGUUUAUUUUAGUAUUUUAUAAUGGACAAUAUAAUACAAGAUCAAUAUCUUUUUAUGCGCCGUUAUAUAGUAUGAAGUAUUUGUUUAAGCUGUUUACUCCACGUCCAUACCGACCAUAUCCUUUUCGUUUUCUGAGUUUUGUAAAUCCGGUCGUUAGUUACAAUCUUAAACCACGACCAACACCAGCAAUCAUGAAACUUGAAAGCUCACAAUACGGUUUUAUAUUUUCUCCACAACUUACUACGGUGUUACAAGUUUUUGACAAGUACAAGUACGAAAUCAGACUUUGUGGAGGUGCAGUACGUGAUAUUCUGUUGCGCAAGACUCCUACUGAUCUAGAUUUUGCAACUACAGCUACCCCGGAUGAAAUGGUUGAAAUGAUGGAGAAUGAAAACAUUAGAAUAGUUAAUAAAGGUGGUUUAAAACAUGGAACAGUAACUACUCAUGUUGAUGGUGUUAAUUUUGAACUUACUACACUGAGAAUUGAUGUUGUUACUGAUGGCAGACAUGCUGAUGUUGAAUACACUAAGGAUUGGUUACUAGAUGCAGGACGAAGAGAUUUAACCGUGAAUUCCAUGUUCUUAGGAAUGGAUGGCACCAUAUAUGAUUAUUUUGAUGGAUAUGAAGAUUUGAAAAAGCGUCAAAUAAGAUUUGUUGGUGAUCCCAAAUUGCGCAUCACUGAGGAUUAUUUGAGAAUUCUACGGUACUUCAGAUUUUAUGGCCGUUUGGCUACUGCACCCAACCUUCAUGAUGAAUAUAUACUUGAAGCAAUACGAGAAAAAGGCAGUGGUCUCAAAAAUAUAUCUGGUGAACGGAUUUGGUCAGAACUUCAUAAAAUUUUAGAAGGAAAUUAUGCAUCCGAUAUUAUCAAGACUCUUUUGAAUUUGGGCUUAGGUCCAUAUAUCGGUCUUCCAGAUCAUCCCAACAUAGACGAGUUUGAUAAAGUUAUUAAUCGAAGCAAAGGACUAAAAUUACUACCCAUUACUAUGUUAACACCAUUCUUAAAAGACGUACAAGAUAUGAUUGAACUAAACAAUCGAUUAAAGUUUCGGGUGUUUGACAGGGACUUGGGAUUAUUCUUAGUAGAAAGUAGAAAUGAAAAAUGGACACCAGACACCAUUAAAACUAAUAAAAUAAAAAUAAUACAAAAUCCAACAAAACAAGGUGUUAUGAAAGUGUAUAUUGAACAGUUAUUGAUGUACAACAAUGAUCGAAAAAUUCUUGAGGAGUUUCAAAAAUGGACACCAUUAAAGUUUCCUAUUACAGGAAAUAUGAUUAAAAAUCACGGGGUGAAAGAUGGGAAAAAAAUCGGAAUAAUUUUGAGGAAACUUAUUGAAUACUGGGCAGAUGAUGAUUUCCAAACAGAUAUUGAAGAGUUACUAAAUUUGAUACCUAAAGCUGAAAAUGAAUUAAGCUGCAGUUUCAAAAAAUCUAAAAAAAAAUAGAUAAACAAAACCUAUGUAUCUAUUUUAAAUUAUUGUAUUCAAAUUGAAUUAUUUUUUAUAUAGUAAUUUAAACAAGAUAUUAUCGUUCAGAAAGUACUUAUUUCUUAUACAACUAUAGCAUUACAUAUUAUAAGAAAUUAGUAUUUUCUCAAUUAGAAAAAAAUUGUUUAAUUGAUGAUAAUAGAAAAAAAAAAUGUAAACCUUCACAAAUCAAAAAUUAAAUUAUACAUAUUCUGAAUUAAUUGUUUAUAAUUUUAAGUUAAAACCAACACAUUUUUGUUAGUCAUUUUGGAAUUUUUUUAGCAUUUGUUUAAAGCACAAUUUAAUCAACUUGAAAACUAAAUCAACAUUCAAUAAAAAUGGAUCACUAUCAUUAUUGGCAUAUCCAAAAAUCCAAACCUAAAUUAUAAUUUAAUUUUCAAUAUUGUUUAAAGUGUUAUUAACAAACAAUAUUUUUGUUUAGGUUUAGAAUUCAUAAAGAUCAGUCAUAUUGCUAUCAAGGAGUUCAGUAUUCUACUUUCUUGAGGUCUACCAUUAUUUUCUAAUAAAAAAAUGCAAAUUGGUUUGAUAGAACUUCAGUUAUAGCUGUCCAAAUAUAAAUACAAUAGAACCUCUUUAAACCGAAUAGCUGUUUAAUAAUACAUAUUAUUAGUAUUAUUAAGAAAAUAAUCAGAAUAAAUAUUUCAUGAUAUUUUGUGAGGCAGACUUAAGUCUAAAACAAACACGAAAACAUGUUCAUAGAAAUCUAUAAACACAUUUUUUUUUACUGAACAGUGUUUAAAUAUGUACAUUAGCUCAUUUUAUUUAAUUUCGGACAAUGUACAACCUAAAUUAGUCUGGAAUAAUGAGGUUUUGCUGUAUUUAGAUAUAAAAUAUAAAUGUAAAUACUACUUUAUAAUGCCUUGAUUAACGCUGUCCAACUCUUAAGCAACCCCACAUUUUUAAAUUAAAUUGUGCCUGUCAGUAUGCUGAUAUCAUGAGCGCCCAAUGGUAGUUUUCAGGGAAAUAGUGUCCAUAUUAGUACUGUCUUAAAUUGUGGUAUACAUUAUACUUAAUAUAAGGUCUAUGAUGAUAAUAUGAUAUCAAGUAAGUGAAACAAAUUUAUGGAAUCAAAGCAUACAUUAUAAUUUUUUUGCAUACUAAUUAUUUUCAAGGGGGGACAUGACCCCCCUUGCCGCCCUUGGCUGAUAUUGUUCCAAUUUUUUAUUCACAACAAUCUAUAAUCAUAUCCAAUUUAAAUGUUAUAAGAAAUGUCAUACUUACAUAUUAUAGUAUGUUCUUGUAUACUUAAUACAUUGCUGUAUUUUAAUUAAAAAUAAUUAAUUAUCAAAUAAAGUAAUUUGUAUAAUUAAUUAUCUUCUGUGAAUAUAAUAAACGUUGUUAGGUAUUAUGUCAACUGUAAUUGAAUCAUCGGUACUUGAA